AUGAUUUCCAAAAUGAAUUGGGACGAGAACGAUGAAUUUGAGAUCCCUCUUACACAAACGGCAACGGCUUUUCACGCGCUCGAGUCCGUCGAUAAGAAUCAACGGCCAUUAAAGAAACCUAAAUGCAAAUCGACGGCGCUUCGUGGCAAUGGUAGUGGCAAGGAGAACGUCCAACCCAGCGAGGAUUGCGAAAUUGAGAACUGCAACUUGGAUUUUAUUCCUUCCUCCAUAGAUUGUGUUUCGAUUUGCAGCGUUCAACAUUCAGAACAAGAGGACAGUGAUUCUUCUUCCGCGUCUUUGUCGGAGCUGAAAUCAAAGGGGGAUUAUCUUCGCAACUCCGUAGAAUCAAAGCUGGUGGUUUCAAGAACCGGAGCGCUUAACGCUGCAGAUGCAGAUUCUGAUACGGAGCUUGGUCUGUUGAUGAAUUUGUGCGAUGAGUUGGAGGAAGUGGAUAGUUCCGUUCGGUGUCCCCUGUGUUAUGUUGAUAUUUCGAAUAUGACCGAGGAACAGCGACAUCUUCAUACCAAUAAUUGUCUAGACGAAGGAGACAACGUUGCGGUUCUUGAAGACGAGAAGGGUGCUCAACAUGCGCCAAAAGUUGCUUCUGUUGUUGAUUGGCUUCACGGGCUCGGUUUGGGAAAAUAUGAAGUUCUUUUCAUCAGGGAAGAAGUUGAUUGGGACACCUUACAAUGGCUCACAGAAGAGGAUCUCUUAAGCAUGGGUAUCACUGCGCUUGGGCCCAGAAAAAAGAUUUUGCAUGCCCUGUGUGAACUGAGAAAAGGAGAUGCCGCUAAAAAUGAGAAACAUGGGGAUGCUUUGGCGGAGCCUGGAAUGAUUAGAAACCAGAAAGUCAAAUUAAAGCAUGACAAAUCUGACAGAAAAGUUUAUGGCGCUAGUAAACCAGCGGCAAACAAAUUAAUUACUGAGUAUUUUCCGGGGUUUGCUUCCAAAGAAAAGAAAGUUUCUGCCUCUCCUGGAGUACAAAAGGAAAUGAGAAACGGUGGCUUGGAUACUAGUUGUAAGCACAAAUCAAAAAGUGUUACAACAAAUAGAAAGCUCCGUAAUAUUCCCAAAUGGUGUUUUGUACAAGGAACGCCUUUCCGAGUGGACUCUGGAAGUAUCUUAGCCAGAAGGAAAGAUGCUUUCAAAUAUCUCAGAGGAGAUUGUUCCCACUGGUUCCUCACACAUUUCCACUUGGACCAUUAUCAAGGUCUCACCAAGUCAUUUAAUCAUGGAAAGAUUUACUGCUCCUCCAUUACAGCUAGGCUUGUAAAUAUGAACAUUGGAAUUCCAUAUGAUAAAUUACAUGUUUUGCCUCUGAACCAAAAGGUUGAAGUAGCUGGUGUUGAUGUGACUUGCUUUGAUGCCAACCAUUGUCCAGGUUCCAUACUCAUACUCUUUCAACCUCCGAAUGGUAAGGUUGUGCUUCACACGGGUGAUUUCCGGUUUAGUGAAGAAAUGACAAUCAAUCCUUUAUUGCAGACUUGUCCUAUCGAUACUCUAAUUCUUGAUACAACAUACUGCAAUCCACAGUAUGAAUUUCCAAAACAAGAGGCUGUAAUACAAUUCGUUAUUGAUGCCAUUCAAGCAGAAACUUUUAAUCCCAAAACUCUUUUUCUGAUCGGCAGCUAUACAAUUGGUAGAGAUCAAUGGGACUUUCUUUGUGUUCGGGUAGAGUUGUAUUUCUGUGGAAAAGAAAGGUUAUUCUUGGAGGUUGCUCGUUCGCUUCGUAAAAAGGUUCACGUGACUGCGGCAAAGUUACGUCUUUUAAAAUGUUUGGAAUUUAAGGAAGAGGAUAUGCAGUGGUUCACUUCAAACGAACAUGAAAGCAACAUUCAUGUUGCCCCUAUGUGGACGCUCGCAAGCUUCAAAAGAUUGAAGCACAUAUCAAAUCAAUAUAAGUUGCUUUCUCCCCUACUGGUUGGACGUUUGGCAAAGGUAAAAAGAAGUCUACUGGAAGAAGAUGGCAAAAGGGAUGUUUAUAUGAUCAAACUUGAUGAAUUUGUUGAAAAUGACUAA